CUCUGUGUUGCUAAACUAGACAGCGUUGGUUCUGUGUCUGGAUGUGGGUUUCUCCAUGUCCAACUCUGCCCCGGGACAGGAACCGCCCUUCCAACAGGCCAAGAAAGUCAUCCAGAAGUUUGUUCAGCGCCAGGUGUUCGCUGAGAACAAAGAUGAGCUGGGUCUGGUGCUGUUUGGGUCAGACAACACUAAGAACAACCUUGCUAAAGACGGCCAGUACCAGAACAUCUCAGUACACCGCCAUCUCAUGAUCCCAAACUUUGAGCUGCUGGAAGAGAUCCAGAAUGAUGUGCACCCUGGGAGUCAACAGGCUGACUGGCUGGACGCUCUUGUUGUAUGCAUGGACCUGCUUCAGAACGAAACUCUGGGGAAGAAAUAUGAGCGUCUGAACAUAGUCCUGCUCACAGACCUGAACACCCCGAGCAGUCCUGACCAGCUGGACAUUAUCAUAGGCAACCUGAAGAGAGCCGGCAUCACUCUGCAGUUCUUCCUACCCUUCCCUGUAGAUGGAGGGGGUCCCAACCCCCCCCACGGGGGUUACAACCCCCCCCACGGGGGUCCCAACCCCCCCCACGGAGGUAAAGGUCUGUCCAGAGAGCAGCAGCAAGGCCUGGAGAUGACCAAGCAGGUCAUGAUGUCUCUGGAUGAAGAGGACGGUCUGGAGGAAGUCUACACCUUCAGUGAUGCUAUAGAGAAGUUGUCUGUGUUUAAACGUGUUGAGAAGAGACCCAUGGCCUGGCCCUGUACUCUGACCAUCGGCAGCUCUCUGGCCAUCAAGAUUGUUGGCUACAAAGCAGUAUGUGAGGAGAGACCCAGGAAGUCGUGGUCGGUGGUAGAUGCUCAGACACACCAGAAAGACGACAUCAAAAGAGAUGUAGUUUACUGUCUCAACGAUGACGAAGAGACCGAGGUAUCGAAGGACGACACCAUACAAGGGUAUCGUUAUGGCAGUGACAUCGUCCCCUUUUCUAAAGUUGACCAGGACCAGAUGAAGUACAAGACAGAUGGGAAGAGUUUUGCUGUGCUGGGCUUCACCAAACAGAGCAUGAUCAACAGACACCAGUUCGUGGGGACUCAGGUCCUCAAGGUGUUCGCCCCUAAAGAUGAUGAGCAUGCAGGUGUAGCUCUCUCAGGUCUGAUCCGUGCUCUGGACGACCUCAAGAUGGUGGCUGUGGUGAGGUAUGUUUACGCCCGCAAUGGAAACCCACAAGUAGGAGCAGCCUUCCCCUGUAUUAAGGAGAAGUAUGAGUGUCUGGUGUAUGUUCAGCUUCCCUUCAUGGAGGAUCUGAGGCAGUACAGCUUCCCUUCUCUGGAGAGCAACAAGAAGUACACUCCCUCAGAGGACCAGCUGGCGGCGAUGGACUCUCUGAUUGACUCCAUGAUGUUGGUGGAGGAGGAUGAGGACGGAGAGAAUAAGGACCUCUUCAAAGUCAACCACAUCCCCAACCCUCAGUACCAGAGACUGUUCCAGUGCCUGCACCAUCGGGCGGUGAACCCCAGUGCCCCCCUCCCCCCCAUGGACCCCUGGUUGACUGCAGCUCUCCAGCGCCCCCUGGCUGUGGCCACCCGCUGUCAAGCCCCCCUGGAGACACUGAAGAAGAAGUUCCCUCUGAAGGAGGUGGUCAAGAAGAAGGAACUGAAGACCAGCAAGGAGCUGUUUGGGAACAGCACUGAGGAUCCUGAUGCCAAGAAGGCCAAAGUUGACGAGGAGGAAGACUUUAACCUGGCUGACAUCACAGAGGGAAGCAUCACACAGGUGGGCAGUGUAGAUCCAGCACGGGACUUCCGCACUCUGAUUCGCCAGAAGAGUCUUCCGUUUGGAGAGGUGUGUCAACAGCUGACUGGCAGGAUUGAGCAGUUGCUUGGCAACAAGAACAUGAACUACUACAUCAAGUGCAUCCCCUGUAUCCAGACCUUCAGAGAGCAGUCUGUUCAGGUUGGGAAUGCUGAUCACUACAACAGCUACAUCCAGUCUCUGAAGACCAGUAUUCCUGUUAGAGGCCUUCAGGAAUUCUGGGACAUGCUAGUCCAAGAUGCCCUGACUCUGAUCAACAAGGACGAAGUUGAAGGGAGCACGUUCUCCAGUCAUGAUGCCAAGCAGUUCCUGACUGCAGAGGAGAAGAAAGAGGAGGUAGUAGCAGCUGUGGUGGACGAUACAGGAGAUGUGGACGACUUGCUGGACAUGAUGUGAUGUAGAAGACAACUGGGUUGAGGAGUGGAGGAUGAAGGAAACGUGACCAAACAGAUUCAACUGUCCAUCUGCCACCUGGAGUUAACGGCAUACUUCGGGAUUUUGACAAUUUAUUGACUUCUCCAGAGUCAGAUGAAUACCAUGUAGAUGCCAUUUUUAUGUCUCUGUAUCCAGUAUGAAGGAAGUCAGAGGUAAUGCUAGCUGAUAUCAUAUACAGCGCCUUCGGAAAGUAUUCAGACCCCUUAGCUUUUUCCACUUGUUGUUACGUUACAGCUUUAUUCUAAAAUUGAUUAUAUUGUUGUCUUUCCUCGUCAAUCUACACACAAUACCCCCUACUGACAUCACAAUACCCCCUACUGACAUCACAAUACCCCCUACUGACAUCACAAUACCCCCUACUGACAUCACAAUACCCCCUACUGACAUCACAAUACCCCAUACUGACAUCACAAUAGCCCAUACUGACAUCACAAUAGCCCAUACUGACAUCACAAUACCCCCUACUGACAUCACAAUACCCCCCACUGACAUCACAAUACCCCCUACUGACAUCACAAUACCCCCUACUGACAUCACAAUACCCCCUACUGACAUCACAAUACCCCCUACUGACAUCACAAUACCCCAUAAUGACAAAGCAAAAACAGGUUUUUAAGAAAUUUUGGCAAAUGUAUUAAAAAUAAAAACGUAUCACAUUUA